GCACGUGUAAUUUCAUUUUUGCUUGUCACACUUUAUGUGUCUGUCACAUCUUGUCAAAAGUUAGACGUACAGUUUAGACAUGAACCCCUUUCACGGAAUUGUUCGUCUAUAUCCGAACUCAAGUAGGAGUAUAGAAUUUAAGUUGCUCCACAAAUAGACACGAGGACUCGACAAUCGACGUGGCUGGAAAUUCAUCGAUAUGAACGAUUGACAAAAUCAGAGAAACCGAUAGGCAAGCAGACGAGCGCCAAUCGUUCGUUGCUGGCUGAUGUGAGACCUGCUGAUGCAGUCAGACGAGCACGAGACGGAUUCUUUUGAUGUGAGACCUGACGCGACUGCAUCGAUGCGGUCGCUCUUGUACCUGAGAACACCGGGCGGGGCGACUCUAUCUCUCUCUUACUUAUCGAUACCCACAGGAGCAGCAGCAGGCAGCCAACAGCAACCUCUGAGAUCUGACAGUGCUGCAACCCAGGUGCGGUGCCGCCGUAUACCACACCAGCACCAGCGGUCCAGCGCACACACGCUAGCUGCUACCAGCCUCCGAUCCAUGGCCGCGGCUCCUCCCCGGCCUCGUGUCAUGGUGCUGCCCUUCCCUGCCCAGGGCCAUGUCAUGCCGCUCAUGGAGCUGUCGCACCGCCUCGUCGACCAUGGCUUCGAGGUCGACUUCGUGAACACGGACUUCAACCACGCCCGCAUCGUCACGGCCUUGGCGGCAGGAGGAGGAGAGACCAGGGCAGCUGCCCACGCCGGGAUCCACUUGGUCUCUUUCCCGGACGGCAUGGGCCCCGAUGGCGACCGCGCGGACAUCGUUAGGCUGGCCCAGGGCUUGCCGGCGGCGAUGCUCGGCCGCCUUGAGGAGCUGGCCAGAGCUCAGAGGACUCGGUGGGUCGUGGCUGAUGUCUCCAUGAACUGGGUGCUGGACCUGGCCGGCACGGUGGGCGUGCGCGUCGCCUUGUUCUCGACCUACUCGGCCACCGUCUUCGCGCUGAGGACGCUUAUUCCCAAGAUGAUUGAGGAUGGCAUCAUUGAUGAAAGUGCGGAUGUGAGGAGGAAUGAGAAGAUCAAGCUGAGCCCCAACAUGCCAGUCAUCGACGCCGCCGACCUCCCAUGGAGUAAGUUUGAUGGAAGCCCCGAGAUACGAAGAAUCAUGGUAAAGGGCAUCGUCAAGAGCAACCCAACGUUGGCGCGCGCUGACACCAUUGUCUGCAACACGUUCCAUGCUAUCGAGUCCGAGGUGCUGGCCCUCCUCCCCACGGCCGCGCUGGCCGUCGGCCCCCUUGAGGCGCCAAGGUCGACCUCGGCCAGCCAGCUCUGGCCCGAAGACAGGGCCUGCCUCGUCUGGCUCGACGCCCAGCCCCCCGGAUCAGUUGUCUACGUGGCCUUCGGGAGCUUCACAGUCUUCGACACCGCAAGGCUCCAGGAGCUCGCCGACGGGCUGGCGCUCACGGGACGCCCGUUUCUGUGGGUGGUCCGGCCGAACUUUGCCAACGGCGUCGACCAAGGCUGGCUGGACAAGUUCAGGUGCCGCGUCGGAGACACGGGGCUCGUCGUCGGCUGGGCUCCCCAGCAGCGCGUGCUCUCGCACCCUGCGGUGGCAUGCUUCAUCUCGCACUGUGGAUGGAACUCGACCAUGGAAGGGGUGCGUCACGGCGUCCCGUUCCUGUGUUGGCCAUACUUUGCCGACCAGUUCUUGAACCAGAAGUACAUCUGCGACGUGUGGGGCACGGGCUUGAGGAUCCGUGCCAACGAGCGGGGCGUCUUCACCAAGGAGGAGAUCAGGGACAAAGUCAACCAGCUGCUCGCUGAUGAUACGAUCAGAGCGAGGGCACUUUCUUUGAAGAGAGCAGCGUGCGAGAGUAUCACAGAUGGAGGGUCCUCGCAUCAGGAUCUGCUCAAGCUUGUAAACCUGCUGAAGGAACAAUAAAAUUUAAGAUAAAUAUAGUUGUCCGCAAA